GUUUACUCCGCAGAGAUCAGCUUGGCGUUGAACUACCUCCACGAGAGAGGCAUCAUCUACAGAGACCUCAAACUGGACAACGUGCUGCUGGAGUCGGAGGGACACAUCAAACUCACUGACUACGGCAUGUGCAAGGAGGGCUUGAGGCCAGGGGACACCACCAGUACGUUCUGUGGGACCCCCAACUACAUCGCCCCUGAGAUACUGAGAGGAGAGGACUAUGGUUUCAGCGUGGACUGGUGGGCUCUGGGGGUGCUUAUGUUUGAAAUGAUGGCUGGACGGUCGCCCUUCGACAUUGUAGGAAGCACCGACAACCCAGACCAGAACACAGAAGACUACCUAUUCCAAG